AUGGCCAACGAUGCUCAAUCAGACCCUUACAAUUAUGGUGUCGUGGUACACGAAGCCCCCAAAUUCGAUCUUGCCGCGUACAUCUCCAACUACAGAGGUCGAACCGUGUUCAGACGACUCCACCUGAUUGCAUCAUGUUCUACGGUCCUCGCAGAGGAGGCCGCCCGAAUGGCCGUGCUCGAGGCGAAGAAAGGUAGCGAUGUGCGGAACUACCAGGAGGCAGUUACACUGCUGGAGCGGGUGUCAAAAGGCAAGAAUAUUGACCACCUACGCGACCCAACAUGGGCUGCCCAGCAAGAAAAGAAGAACACCGCCGAAACUGCACGUCUGGAAAGUGAACUGAAGGGGUACAAAAAUAACCUGAUCAAGGAGAGCAUACGAAUGGGAAAUGAAGAUCUGGGUACUCAUUAUUAUACCAUUGGAGACCUGUACGAUGCAGUCAGAGCGUAUUCCCGCAUGCGGGACUACUGCACCACCACGGCUCAUAUCACAUCCACUGCGUUCCGAAUCAUUGCGGUUGCCAUCGAACAGCGCAAUUGGCUAGCUGUUCAGUCUCAGGUACAGAAGGUCAAGAAUAUUCAACUCAAGCCUGAAGACAUGACAAGAAAUCAACCCAAGAUCCAAGCGGCCUCGGGUCUCCAGCAAAUGUCGACUUUCGAAUACCACGAGGCUGCCAACAGCUUCCUCAGCACUGACCCCAGCUUGGGAGAUAGUUACAGUGAUGUAUUGACGAGCAACGACGUUGCCGUCUAUGGUGGUCUCUGUGCGUUGGCGUCCAUGUCUCGGUCGGAGCUGCAGACCAAAGUCUUAGAAAACAGCAGUUUCCGCAAUUUCCUUGAACUGGAGCCUCACAUCCGUCGGGCCAUCAGCUUCUUCUGUGCCAGCAAAUACAGUCAAUGUUUGGAGAUUCUUGAGUCCUAUCGGGCGGACUAUCUCCUAGACAUCUAUCUACAGCCUCUUGUCGCAGACAUCUACACUCGAAUCCGAACCAAAAGUAUCGUCCAGUAUUUGCAGCCUUUCAGCAAGGUCACAUUGGCAAGCAUGGAACGCAUGUUUGGGAGGGCAUCGAUGCCGAACGGCGCCGCAACAGGACAGGACUUUCUCAGUGAGAUUGUUUCUUUGAUCCAAGACGGUCGACUCGGUGCCCGAAUCGAUAUGGAGCAUGGAGUCCUGGAAACUGUCGAACAGAAUCCUCGCGCCCAGGUGCAGCAGGCGGCACUAGACACGGUGGACUCUUUUGUUCGUGAGGCCCGUUUGAAACUGAUUCGGCUGCAGGUCAUCAAUGCCGGGCUCGAGGUCAAGCCAGCGCCUAAGAAGAAAGCAUGGGGCAUUGAUCAAGGGGACGGCACAUGGGACGAAAGCGAGGCUGCUUUCCUAGGGCCGGGCGGCAGAGACAUUAUGGCAAACGAUUUGGAAGGAGUGACUUACCCUCAACGCAAGGGCGGAUAG